AUGGGUGUAAUGAAAGUCGAGAUGAUGGCUGAGGAUAAUGAGGAUUGUGGUUUUGCCAAUUUGGGAGGUGAAAACGUCGAUUUCGCCGUGGUUUUGCGCGAGAGUGAGGACGGGUCGUCGUCUCUAGAGACGGACCCGCUUCUCGAAUGUUCGUGUUCAUUGUCUGUGGUGAGUGACACAAGCAGCAUUUGCGGGGACGACUUGUUGUUGGGCUUCGAGAUGGGUUUGGAAAAUGAGGCCACAUUGGACGUUGAGCUCAUUCCUAGGGAUUGUACUAAUGGUGUGGUGAUCGGUGGCCCUUUGCCGGUGGCAGUGGCAGAGGAGGAGGAGGAGAAGGCAGGGGCAAAAUCGUCCGUUCAGUCGGAAAGAAGGGCUAGCCGGAGCAUAUUUGAGAUGGACUGUGUGCCCCUGUGGGGUUUCACUUCGGUGUGCGGAAGGCGGCCGGAGAUGGAGGAUGCAGUGGCGGCUGUGCCUGGGCUGCUGAAGAUCCCUAUAUGGAUGCUGGCUGGUGAUCGAGCCGUUGAUGGGUUGAGUUCAAGUUCGUGCUUGAGUCAUUUGACGGGCCAUUUUUUCGGGGUGUAUGAUGGGCAUGGAGGUUCCCAGGUGGCUAACUAUUGCCGUGAUCGUGUUCAUUGUGCCUUGACUGAGGAGCUGGAAACUAUCAUGGCCGAACCGAACGAUGGAAUUAAUAAGGAAAACUGUGAGGAGAAUUGGAGAAGGGCUUUCACGAAAUGCUUUCUGAAGGUUGAUGAUGAGAUUGGAGGGAAAACCCGAGUCGAGCCUGUUGCACCAGAAACAGUCGGCUCAACUGCUGUUGUGGCCGUUGUUUGUUCAUCGCAUAUAAUAGUGGCUAACUGUGGGGACUCGAGAGCUGUGCUGUGCCGUGGCAAAGAGCCAGUUGCCCUCUCGGCCGAUCACAAGCCGAACCGAGAAGAUGAAUAUGCAAGAAUUGAAGCGGCUGGAGGGAAGGUGAUACAGUGGAAUGGGCAUCGUGUUUUCGGUGUCCUUGCUAUGUCUCGGUCCAUUGGCGACAGAUAUUUAAAACCGUCGAUCAUCCCGGACCCUGAGGUCACGUUCGCCCCACGAGCCAGGGAAGACGAGUGCUUGAUUCUAGCCAGUGACGGCUUGUGGGAUGUGAUGAGCAACGAGGAGGUUUGUGACAUUGCUCGUAAGAGAAUAAUCCUUUGGCACAAGAAUAAUGGGCCCAUGCCAUCUCUGGAAAGAGGAGAACGAGUGGACCCGGCAGCCCAGGCAGCGGCCGAAUACCUAUCCAAUAAGGCCCUUCAGAAGGGGAGCAAGGAUAAUAUAACUGUUGUUGUGGUUGACUUGAAGGCCCAGAGAAAGAUCAAGACCAGGACCUAG